AUGGCAACAGGUGCAGUAGUUGGUCAGUCUGGAUACGCGCGGUUUUUCCCGGGCAGGAAAAGAGCCCACCGAUCAAAAGGGGCCGCCGCCGCUGCCGCCGCCGGGAUUCAUAUCAAGAAAAAGAAGGCCCCGUUGCCCGAUGCCGACUACGACGACGACGACGACGAUCUUCAGAGUCCUCUUAAGAAGAGAAGAUUAGUCUCGAAAUCAUCAAUUUCCAGUUACGGAAGCAUACACGACUACGAGUGUCUCAACAGGAUCAGCCAGGGAUCGUACGGCGCCGUCUACAGAGCACGUCACAAGACGACCGACGAAAUAGUGGCCAUCAAGAAGGAAUUUGGCGGGCUCUGCAAGUCGACCCUUACCGAAAUAAACAUCCUGAGGUCCAUUCGCCACCCGUCGAUCGUGGAGUACAAGCACGUGGCCGUGGACGAUUGCGACGACGGGAUAUACGUUGUCAUGGAGUACGUUGAGUACGAUCUUCACGAGUACCUCAAGCGGUCCUCCUUCACUCUGCCUCAAGUCAAGCGUCUUAUGAAGGAGCUACUCGAGGGAGUCAAUCACCUUCAUCAGAAUCGUGUGAUGCACAGGGACCUCAAGCCUUCCAACGUCCUUGUCGACGCCAAGGGCAAGCUCAAGAUAUGCGAUUUCGGGGUGUCCCGUCAGUUUCCGAGCGCGCUGGAUCCUCCCUGCACACCUCACGUUGGGACCCUUUGGUACGCGGCUCCCGAACUCUUUCUCGAACCCCACACCUACUUGGCGGCUGUUGACAUGUGGUCCGUCGGCUGCAUUAUGGCGGAGUUCUUCCUGAGGCAAGUGCUUUUCAAAGGGGCCUCGGAAAUCGAGCAGCUUCGGAUUAUCGUGACCAGUCUCGAACAGCCUCAUAGUUUGCUGCGCGAAAAGUUUGCUGCUGCUUCGGAAGGUGGGGUGUUGCUUUCGGAGAGUGGGUUUGAGCUGCUCUCACGCCUUUUGUGUUACAGUCCGAAGGAAAGGAUAACGGCUCAAGACGCGCUCAAUCACGAGUGGUUUUGCGAGUCGUAG